AAAAAUCAUUUAAAAACAAAACAAAUUUUGAUUUUUUCACUAUUUUCUAUAUUUCUAAUUUAUAUCAUAAUAACAUGCUUAAAAGACCGACUCCUUUUGAUAAUGAAGAUGAAAUUUUACGACAACAGGAUGAAUUUUUUAAACAAUCAGCUGAAAAUAAAAUAAAACCUGCAGCUGUAGUAGCAAACAGCAAUGAAAAAGUAGAAAAGAAAGAAAUUAAACAAGGAGAAAUUAAAACAGAUCAAAACUAUGCAGAAGAUAAUGUACAAAAUCAGAUUGCUAAUACAUUUGAAGCUAUACCAACAGACAUGAAAAUAAACCAAGUUAUUGAAAAGCAGGAACAAACCAAAAGACAGCCUGUUUUUAAUUUUGAUAGUCGUGGUUUUCCUAAGGCUGUUCGAAGAGAUCCAAAUAUUAAGCCAACAAGAGUUAGUAUAUUUGCACAGCAUAUUAAGAGACUAAAACGUGAAUCAAAUGAUAAUCAGAGUGAGUCAUGUAAUAUGGAUAUCAGUGAGACAUCUUUAGUGGUUAAGGAAAAAAAUCAAAGUGAUACAGUAGGAGCUAUUAAGUUUAGUAACAGUAAAAGUAUCUGUAAUGAGAAGGAACUAGUUAUCUCAAAAUUUAGAGAGGCAUCAAUUCAAAACUCAAAUAUCCUUACUUCCGCUGAUAAGAAAUCAAUACACGAUGAAAACAUUAAUAAACUUAAAUCAAUGACCGAAGAAGAAAUAUUAUCUGAAAGAGAAAGGCUUCUUUCAUCUUUGGAUCCAGCUCUAAUUCAAUACUUAAGAUCUAGAAAAACAACUAAACCUGAAGAAAAUGAAAGUCGUAAUCCAACCAUACAAACUCAGAAUGCUGCGGCUGAAUCGAUAGAUCUAGAUGAAUUAGAAGCGCCCAAAGAAAUGCUGUCAAAACCUGAAUCUGCAGGUUGGAUCAAUUUUAAUAGGUUUGAAGCCAGUAAGUUGGCAUGGAUGAAAAAUAUAACUGUGCCAGAUUUAAAGAAAACGUCUGGGUUUGAAGCAAGAUUUGACUUUGAUGGAUACUUAUUGCCAUACAGUGUGGCACAAAUUGAUGAAUCAAACAGACAUUUAUAUCAUCAUGGCGAUGAACCAGAUAGACCUGGUUACACUCUACAGGAACUGUUAUUACUUACAAGAUCCAAUGUUGUCCAACAAAAAGUUAUAGCCCUGAAUACCUUGGCUAAUAUUCUCUCAUUAGAUCAAACUGGAAUAUAUGAUUCAGUCAUUGACAUCCCAAUAGAACAGGUAUUUUUUGUCAUAAGAUUUUGUUUAGAUGACAACACUCCUUCAGUAUUAAAUUCGGCUAUAAAAGCUUUAAGAAAUUUGGUUUAUUAUCAAAUAGAUGACACUUGUUUGGAUAAUUUGAUGAGUUUUGGAGUUGGGUUGGUUCAACCAAUAUUGGCCGUUGAUGAGACCAAGGAAGAUGAUAAUACUGUGAAUGAUCAACAGUUGGCUGAAACGAACGUUAUAAAAUGUCUAAUAAGAACAGAUAUUCUUAUUAGGAUAAGGUAUAUAAUUAAUAUAGUGAAGCCUCCUCUGGAAACUAUACUUUAUUGUAUAGACAUUCUCACUAGAAUGGCGAGAGAUUCUGAAUUUAUCAUCAAUAAGAUUUUACAUUGUGAUGGAUUGUUGCAAAAUUUGACCAACUAUUUUUUACCACAUCUGUCAGAAAUUAGUGUAAAUAACGAAAAUCCAGGUUAUAAUAUGCCAUUACCACAAACGAUCAAGUUAAUUAGAAUUCUGUCAUCGAGAAGUAGAACAUUAGCUGAUAUUAUUUUAAAAAGAUAUGGUACUUUAGAAAUAAUAACUUCAUAUUUAUAUGAGGAAUAUUUUUCUCAAAACGCCAAUGGUAUGAAGUUGCAAGUGGAAUGUUUCCAUUAUUGGACACUUCUUUUGCACUAUGGUUUAGCAAGUGAUGCAUUUAGACAACAUGAACAUUUAUUUUUAAAAUAUUUGGACUACCAUUUUAAAAAUACAGACAAUAUUUUAUCAACAACAUUGAUCAGACAAAAUCACGUAUCAGCAUUGCUUCUCCUAAUUUCCAAAGCUGUAGAAAAAGAACAUAAUUUAUUUUCAAAUAUUAUUUCUGAAUGUUUCUUGAAGUGGAUGAACCAAUAUGGAACAUUUGAGCAAUUUAAAUGUGGACAUUCGCAAAUAACGUCCAGUAUUCUAUAUUGUUCAGCAACAUACAACAAGAACUAUAACCCUAUUUACAGCUCGACGUUUCUGGAAACUUUUAUUAACUCUAGGGUUUUCGAUAUAUCAACGAAAAAUAUCAUAAAUGGAUCUUUACUUCUCAACAACUACGAAACUCAUAAAACAACGGCAAAUUUAAAAACGUUAGAAGCAGCUGCCUGGUUUACCAUGGACCAUAUUGUACCAGUUUUACAGUCAAAUAGCUGUAUACCAUUAUUAUACAAUAUGUCUUUGUGUAUACUCAGUGACAGUUCAGAUGAACUUAAAGUAAAGUUCUUACAGCAUCCCAAUAUUCUGGACUAUACAAAGAAAUUGAAGUCAGCAAAAUACUAUUUUAAUGUCGGCAAUUGGUUUACGAGAUGUGAAAGUUUUUUCGUGAUGAAUUUGCUGAAGAUAGCUGAAAAAGUUCGCGAUCAAGUCGACCCUGCUUUGUAUUAUGACAUUGCUGUCAAAUGUUUAUGCGUAUUUAGCGCUGAACAAAAGAAGGAUAUGGAGUUUUUGCUUGAGAAUAUUAUCUUUUGUCCAAGAUUUUACCCAGUUGAAGUAGCUAUGAUGAACACUACCAUUAGCGAUAGAAACAACGAAUUGGAUAAAGCUUGGAGACAUCUAAAAGACAUUAAAAGUGUAUAUUCUGAGGUGUUAGGUCUCACCAAGGACAUUGUAACUCUUGAAACUACUGUAUCGCUAGAUAUGAGCGUAGGGAAUGUUAUACCGAUGGAUUGGAUAUACACACCCUUAGUUCUCCUUUAUUCUACUCAACAAAAUCGAUCAAAACAAGAAACAAAUAAUGAAGAAGCCGAUUUCUACAUUAUAAUUAAUUGUCUACGAUGGAUUUUGAUAUAUGAAAUGUAUUUUGAAAGUUUGGCCCAGACCAUAAGCCCGACUGAAAAAUAUGUUAGACUGGGCUGUUUGUUUUUGGGGAGCGACAAUUUAUUUUUAAACGAAGAGAUACAAAAUUUGUUAACAAGGAUCUAUGGGUUUUUGUGUAAAUUUGAGAAUAAACUCAAUUUUGAACAGGAAAUAUCAGGUUUGACAAACUUCAAAGAUUUCUAUGUCCAGUUACUAGAACAGUAUCAAGCAGUUAGUUACGGCAAUAAAGUUUUUGGAAACGUACUAUUGUUUCCUUUGGUCAAAAGACACGAUAUUAAAUACAGGAAAACUCUAUGGUCUGAAUAUAUGGGUGUUGUGGAAACUUUCAGUGUAACUAAAGAUGAAGUUUGGAUAGAUCCAGAAAAUUUGAUACAUCCUCCAGAAAAAGAUUCGUCUUUGUGCAAAUGUUAUGUCAAAGCUCUUCAAUCUGGUGCUGUGGCAAAGAGGUCUGUUUUAUAUUUAGUAGCUGAAACAAGCGCGAAGAAUUUCAAAGAAAAUUUAUCGAAAAUCAGAGAAAAUAGAAAUAAUGAUUUAAAUUCAGAUAUAAGUAAAAUGGAAAUUUAAUUUUAAGUCUCAAUAGAUUUCUUUUAAUAAAAAAAAC